CACCGAUUCCACAAAAUCCCCCGCGGCCGUGAUCCGUUCAGGUAUUCACAGCUUCUCUCACGCGUCGUCUUGCUGUCCAGCGCCGGCGACGGGUACAGACUUUACAGUCAUGGCGGCGGCAGUGCUCUGCUUUGUCACCCUCCUCGCCUUCUGUUUCUUGGCGCCGGCGGCGUUGAUGUUGGGGUAUUACCACGGCUCGCCGGAGCUAGUCGUCAUCGGCUCAGGUUGCUCGAGGCUUGUGGAGACGAACUCGUUCUUUGCGCAGGACAUCAAGGCAAGGACGGAGGGAGGGUCGCCGGAGAAUGGGUUGGUGCUCUACGGGAUGCCGGUCGCUCCGCCUCUCGGCGUCCCAGCCGCUUGGUCGGAGGCUCGCCGCGCCGUCGUACCAGCCAAUUCUCACAUGGAAUGGGUGUAUUUCCUUAACAGAGGAUCGGAGAUAGAAGUAGCUUACAGCGUCAGGAGUGAAACUGAAUCGUCUCGUCCAAUCUGCAUGAUCAUUGCGCGAGGCAAAGAAAGCUUCUUGCAAUGGGCUGAGAAUCCAUCAGCAAAUGAGACCACAUUAUCUUGGCACUUGGUGCACGGAAAUGGAACAAUCAAGCAGACUAUCAAUCUCUCUUCAGAGUACUUCAUUGCCUUGGGAAACUUUAACAAUCAGGAUGUAACGGUGCUACUGGAAUUCAGAAUCAGGACCUUGUUCUACAACACCAGCGCAGCAGAUUAUACAUGCUCACCGGCCAGCUCUCUUUGCACUUACAAACUGCCGUUUUUAGGACAAAACGUUGUGGUUCUGUCAUCCGGCCCCAAAGAGGGACUGAAUUCUGAUGGUCAUUAUGUGAAGCUGUCAUAUGGACCUCGCUGGAUAGUGUACAUCAUCGGAUUAGUUCUGUUGGCUGUUGCACUGCUGAUCAUGUACGAUAUACUGAACAUGCUGUUCGGUCCCGGGCCUGGAGGAGGAGACGCGAGAGCCUCGCUGCUGUCGUCGUCGUCGGCGGCGGCGGCGAGCAAAGAGGAAGACGACGCGAGCCUGGGGUCGUCGUACGACUCCGUCUCGCACGACGGCGACGGGGAAGACGACGACGACGACGUAGAGGAAAGAGGCGGCGGCGGCGGCGGCGGCGAGGGGCGGCACCUAUGCGUGGUGUGCUGCGACGCGCGGAGGGACUGCUUCUUCCUCCCCUGCGGGCACUCCGCCACCUGCCACGCGUGCGGCACGAGGGUGGCAGAGGAGGACGGGAGCUGCCCGUUGUGCCGGAGGAAACUGAAGAAAGUGAGGAGGAUCUUCUCCGUCUGAGCUGUCCGCGAGCUCAAGCAUGGGGUUUCUCCGAACCAGUGGAGUGGAGACGAGAGAAAAAAAAAGGAAUGGACGCCCACCGUGGGGCUCGAACCCACGACCACAAGGUUAAGAGCCUUGCGCUCUACCGACUGAGCUAGACGGGCUUGGUGUUCGAGAAAUGCACAAAAGGCAUACAUUGUACUAUGUCAUAUGACGCAUUGCAGAUGAUAAGAUUAUUAUUAUAGACCUAUUUAUGAGGAGAAAAUGUUUGAUACUCGAGAACGGGAGUUUUAUGGUAUAACAUCACAUAAGAGUGUUUUAAUUUUUUUUCCUUUUUCUCCAUGCCAACUCCACUAGCAUUAGUAUCAAAUGCACCUAGUUAACUUUA